AUGGUUGUAUCUACUCCUACUGCCCAUCAGCAAGAAGUAGAGGCCGUUCUCGAUAAGAAGGAUGCCUCGGAGACUACAGUGAGGGCUCAUCUGGCGAAGGUGAUCGAGGCGAUGACGGUCAUGCAGCCGGCCGACCCACUCGAGGCGUUUGAAGACAUCAGUAGGGCGGUACGCAAGGGGGGUUGCCUCCCCUCACAGGGAGAGGCGCAGGAGGGUCCAGAGGGGCCUCCUUUGGAAGGCAGCCUCCGCGUCACGAAGGAGCUGUUGGCGGCCCCUGUCGAUGAGGAUGGCAACCCGAAGAUGGAAGCACCAGGUCUGGCGGACGUAGUGGCGGAGCAGAGGAUCUUCAAUUGUGCGGGUAUGGGUAUACCUCCGGAAGAGGCGGUGGUGAUUGGUUGUGGAUUGAGGAGGUUAGUGACCAGUACAGAGGGCAUCACUAAAGCACGGUUCUGGGGGAAGGUGCUGUGUAAUAGUCCAUCGUGUGAUUACUACAUCGCUGAGGCUGAGAUGGAUGGAGGAGGAGCGGCGUUGACGGAGGAGGAGGAAGCGGCAGGGGCAGACGCUCCUGGGAGGCUCGGAGGGCCGAACUGCUAUUCGUACUUCGUGAGCAGCGACAGUGGCCUGAAGUGGGAGCCGCUGCCUCACGUACUUCCAGAACAGAUCGCUGUGGCGAGGUUGGUGAAGAAGGUCUUCACUGGUGACUUGGAGGCUCCUGUUGUCACGUGGCCUCCCUUCUGUGGGCGGGAGAGGGAGCUCCUCCGGGCUCAGAUAGCGAGGAUCAACCACGCAACCUCGCUGGUCCCUGCAGACUACUAUACAGCUGAUGAGGACACUGGAGAGGUUGGAGCGAAUCCCGAAUACAAGGGUACAGGUUCGGACUGCAAGGAGAUGUCCUCUAUACAGGAGUACUGGCGACAUGGAGUAGACUAUAUCAUUGGUGCUAAUGGACGUACAUCUUGGCCGGAGAUGCCACAGUUGGAGGAAGGGGAGGAGGAGAGUGCAGAGGCCAUCAAGCAGAGGCGAAUGAUGGAUCGGGAACCGGCCAAGCCGUUGAAUGCCGUGAUUGGAGAGGGAGAGGCGGCAUCAUGGACUGCUAAGUGCUGCGGGGACUGUGCCCAAUACGCCGUGUUCAGACAGGUGGAUAGGGCUGCGGUUAAGUCCUACGUCACUUACGGUACCGUAUGCUUGCAGUCAACGACGUGGCCAGGGGCUGCGAUGGUGGCGGCUCAAGGCAAGCAUGUCCUUACGUAUAUUGGAUAUGGUAUGAAGGCCGGCCCGGGAGGGAGAAUAGCUGGUGGGCCCGACAAGAUACAGAGCACGCCAGCUGCACUGCCUGAAUGCGACGAUCCGAGGGACCAAAUG